AUGCUACAAAAGUUCUUGCAUGCACAGAGGCUUGACAUCCAACAGAGAUAUGAAGAAAUGUUCAAUGAGCAGAGUUACGACCGAAUUCGGCAAUGGGAGAAGGUUAAACACGGUGUCGUCCCAACGCAGCAAAAGACAUCAGUGAAAAAGUUUCUCUUCGAGGAGGAACUGGAAGCAUAUCGAAAAUUGAGAAAUCAAAGCAAAGCUUCUAAACUGUUGGAGGCAGUUUUUCAAGGAAUAACAUGUCGACAUUAUAUCUUUCCAAGCCUCGGUGAGAAGGUGUUCUUUGAGUACCUACUUCAGAAUACAUUUGUUGAACCGAUAAACUGUGUUAUUGAGAUCGACGAUCCCUGUCUAAGUAUAGUAAUGGAUGUUGAUGAGUGGACGUUUUAUAAACGUGCAAACUCAUUAGAGACGCCGACUGAGAAGAAUUUGGUGCUGAAGAGUGGUAAGAAACUGGAGAUUUUUCUGAAUGCUAUGGAAGCGGUUCAUGUACCGUUUAUAUACGACGAUCUAAAAGCGACGAAACUACCCGAUGGUCAAGUUUAUUCCACUAAGGUGCUCUUUCGCCGAUGGGAUGACUCGUCCGCGAUUUCGAUCCUUGAUCUUCGUGUUGAACGUCGUUCAUACAUUCUCAACGAAACCUAUCGAUUCUUCAAUGAAGCUGCUUCAAAUUGCGAAAAAAUCAUUAAAAUUGGACGAAUAGCACAAGAUCGACGGAUAGGAAGCGUACGAUGCUUAGAUCCCAGCGUCAAGGUCCAACUACAACAUCGGGGCGUUGAGCAAGAGGUUGCCGUUACGGUAAGGCUUUCUGAUCCCUAUUUUACGGUUAGACGAUGA